CUUCCCAUCUGUAGUGUUUAUGCGUGUGUGUGUGUGAGGGUAGCGCUCUGCUCCGGCCGUGAGUUUGGAUUAUCGUGUUAUGGGUGACUGCACCAUCUGUUAUUCCUGCCCUGGAAGAGCUUUUUCCACGAAAAAACAAGCUUUCUGAAAUCUGUAGAGAAGUUCUGGAAAUGGCUGUGAAGCGUGAAGCGACGCGGAAUCCAUCGACGGCUAAACGGCUUCCCUGGGUUUCGCUGACGUCCCUAUCGCUUCACUGAAGAUGGACACACUGGAGUCGGAGUUGACUUGCCCAAUCUGUCUGGAGCUUUUCGAGGAUCCUCUACUGCUGCCUUGCGCCCACAGCCUGUGCUUCAACUGCGCCCACCGCAUUCUGGUGUCCCACUGUCCCUCGUUCGACGAGUCCAGCAAACCGUUCUCUGCCUUCCAGUGUCCCACCUGUCGCUAUGUCAUCACCCUCGACCAGCAGGGUCUAGACGGUCUCAAGCGCAACGUCACUUUGCAGAACAUCAUCGACCGCUUCCAGAAGGCCUCUCUGAGCGGCCCGAACUCGCCGACCGAGACGCGCCGCUGCAGCCGCGAUCCGUUCCCCUCGGUGGCGGUGGAUGACGGCAGGGUCAUGAGUUCACCGAGCGAAGCCGUCCAGUGCCAGUUCUGCGAGCAGGACCCGCCGCAGGAGGCGGUGAAGACCUGCGUCACCUGCGAGGUUUCGUACUGUCAGGAAUGCCUGCGUGCGACUCACCCUAACAAGAAGCCCUUUACGGGACACCGGCUCACGGAGCCUGUACCGGACUCGCGGCUCCGAGGACUGGCCUGUCCUGAACACGGAGAGGAGAAGGUCAACAUGUACUGCGUGACGGACGACCAGCUGAUUUGCUCGCUGUGCAAACUGGUCGGGCAUCACCGUGAACACCAGGUGGCAGCACUGGGAGAGCGAUUCGACAAGCUGAAGCAAAUGUUGGAUUCCAACCUCAGCAAUCUGAUCAAGAGGAACAGUGAGCUGGAGAACCUGAUGGCCAAGCUGAUCCAGACGUGUCAACAUGUGGAGCACAAUGCAGCUCACCAGGAGAGCAAACUGACAGAAGAGUGCGACACACUGAUAAACAUCGUACAGCAGAGAAGACAAACCAUCGGCACCAAGAUCAAAGAAGGAAAGGUGGUCCGCUUGAGAAAGCUCGCUCAGCAGAUCUCUAACUGUAAGCAGUUCGUGGAGAGAUCGUCCUCGCUCAUCGCUCAGGCCGAUCAGGUGCUGAAAGAGACGGAUCACGCUCGAUUCCUGCAGACCGCGAAGAGCGUCUCAGAGCGAGUGUCGAUGGCCACAGCGUCCUCACAGAUCCUGAUCCCAGAGAUCAACCUCAACGACGCGUUCGACGCGUUCGCACUGGACUUCUCCAGAGAGAAGAAGAUGCUGGAGGGUCUGGAUUACCUCACGGCUCCGAACGCUCCCAACAUCCGCGAGGAGCUGUGCACUGCGUCUCACGACACCAUCACAGUGCACUGGACAUCAGAGGACGAGUUCAGCGUGGUUUCAUACGAGCUGCAGUACACCAUCUCCACCGGACAGACCAACGUCGUCAGUGAGUGACCGAGCCCAGACGCGCUCCAGAUGACCG